GCCGAGUUGUCAGAGCGCUGAGCCCCGCGCGGAGGAGGAAGGCUCUGGACGUGGCCAGUGAGGACUCGGGACUGGGGACGACUCUGCCUGCCGGCGACCCUGGCCGUUGAGCAGCUUCAAUGCUGGAGAUGGAGCUUCUGAACAGCACGCACGCCAGCACCGCGUCCCCCAGCACCCCCCUCGAGUCCCAUGUCCCCAGCAGCGGCAGCGGCAACGGGAACGAAUACUUCUACAUUCUGGUGGUCAUGUCCUUCUACGGUAUUUUUUUGAUUGGAAUCAUGCUGGGCUACAUGAAAUCCAAGAGGCGGGAGAAGAAGGCCAACCUCCUGCUGCUGUACAAAGAUGAGGAGAGGCUGUGGGGAGAGGCCAUGAAGCCCCUGCCCAUGGUGUCGGGCCUGAGGUCGGUGCAGGUGCCCGUGAUGCUGAACAUGCUGCAGGAGAGCGUGGCGCCUGCACUGUCCUGCACCCUCUGCUCCAUGGAAGGGGACAGCAUGAGCUCCGAGUCCUCCUCGCCCGACGUGCACCUCACCAUCCAGGAGGAGGGGGCUGAUGAUGAGCUGGGGGAGACUUCGGAGACGCCCCUGAACGAAAGCAGCGAGGGGUCCUUGGAGAAUAUCCAUCAGAAUUCCUAGCACCCCCAGGGCCUCUGGAGGUGGCCCCAUCAGCCGGCACCUUAGAGAGAGGAAAGACACUUUUCGUGUCUGGUUUCACUUUGCAGUGCAGCUGCCACUUUGAAGAGACCCUGGGCAAGCCCCUGCUGAGGGGGGACGGUGGGGGCCCUGCUCAGCCACAGCCAGCAGUAGCCAGGAGUCCGCGCAGUGCCUGUGGUGUGAACCCGCCCGCCAGUAUCAAAGCUCUGAAGAUGUGCAGUGUAUACAUUUACUU